CUCUGCACGACGAUCUCGGGAGACAGACGGAGCUGAGUGCUGAACUUGAGACCGUGUCCCAGUCACGUCUCAAGUCCUUCACACUUUCCUUAUUUAUUAUCGAUAUCUAAAGCAUUUGCCCGUGUUUUUCAGCUUCGGAUUACGUUGACGAUUAAAAGUGUCCCAGAUUUCUCUCGAGUUGCGUGAGAGACUGCGCAAUAGAGAAACGUUAAACUGAACCCAGCAUGUCAAUUUUACCGUUCACUCCGCCGAUCGUGAAGAGGCUGUUGGGCUGGAAGAAGGGAGAGCAGAACGGACAGGAGGAGAAAUGGUGCGAAAAGGCCGUCAAGAGUCUGGUAAAGAAGCUGAAGAAGACGGGACAGCUGGACGAGCUGGAGAAAGCCAUCACAACUCAGAGUGUCAACACUAAGUGUAUCACCAUACCGCGGUCACUGGAUGGUCGGUUGCAGGUAUCACAUAGAAAGGGACUUCCUCAUGUGAUCUACUGUCGUUUAUGGCGCUGGCCUGAUCUACAAUCUCACCAUGAGCUCCGAGCUAUUGAACUCUGUGAAUUUGCCUUCCACAUGAAAAAGGAUGAGGUGUGCGUCAAUCCCUACCACUACCAGCGUGUUGAGACACCAGUUCUUCCUCCAGUUCUGGUCCCAAGACACACUGAAAUCCCAGCUGAGUUUCCUCAACUGGAAGACUACAGUCACUCCAUCCCAGAAAACACCAUCUUCCCUGCUGGCAUUGAGCCCCAGAGCAACUACAUACCAGAGACGCCACCUCCAGGCUAUAUUAGUGAGGAUGGAGAGACUAGUGACCAUCAGAUGAACCGCAGCAUGGACACAGGUUCUCCAAACCUUUCACCGAACCCUGUGUCUCCUGCCCACAAUAAUUUAGAUUUCCAGCCAGUGACAUACUGUGAACCAGCGUUCUGGUGCUCUAUCUCAUAUUAUGAGCUGAACCAGAGAGUCGGCGAGACUUUCCAUGCCUCGCAGCCUUCUUUAACAGUGGACGGCUUUACAGACCCAUCCAACUCUGAGCGCUUCUGCCUGGGCCUGCUAUCCAACGUUAACCGCAACGCUGCCGUGGAGCUCACACGCAGACACAUCGGCCGGGGUGUUCGCUUGUACUACAUUGGUGGUGAGGUUUUUGCGGAGUGUCUAAGCGACAGCGCCAUCUUUGUUCAGAGUCCCAACUGUAACCAGCGUUAUGGCUGGCAUCCUGCUACCGUCUGCAAGAUUCCACCAGGAUGUAAUCUGAAGAUCUUUAACAAUCAGGAGUUUGCAGCUCUCUUGGCCCAGUCUGUGAAUCAGGGCUUCGAGGCCGUGUACCAGCUGACCCGCAUGUGCACCAUUCGCAUGAGCUUUGUGAAGGGCUGGGGAGCGGAGUACAGGCGACAAACCGUGACUAGCACCCCCUGCUGGAUUGAACUGCACCUGAACGGUCCUUUGCAGUGGCUGGAUAAAGUGCUCACUCAGAUGGGAACCCCUGCAAAUCAUUGUUCAAGUGUGUCAUAGGAAAAACUCUUCUUGUACAAACACAGCAUGUACAAACCAAGAAAUCUGGAAACAAGGUUAAAGACCUGUAGACCUGCCAGCCAAUGGGUUCACACAGGUUUCCUUUACAGACCCGGUAGCACUUUCACAUUUGUCUCACUUUGGAGAAGUGUAUUAUCAAUUUGUAUAUACUUUUUUUUGUAAAAUAUUGCAACUUAUAUUUUAUUACAUAGCAUGUUUAUGUAAGAUCUCUCCUUUCUCUUUUUUUAUUAUGCUGUUAUGUUAUGCACAUGUUUACCAUAAAUAGGGAUGCUUGAUUGUUUUUAGAAACCUGAAAAAGUGUUUUUUGUAAAAUGAAGAUAUGAAGUUUUCAAAAUAUCAGUUAAACACUUUUUUAUCGUAUUUGUUUGUUGAACAAAAUUAUGGAAACUUGGCCCAGGUCAUGUAUGUUAUGUAGUGCAUAUCAGUAUGACUCGGUGCAUAAAAAGAAACAUGAUGUGUUUGAUUCCCCCGUGUUUUAGAGCCUUCAGAGUCACUGUUUUCUUUAAGCAGUGUGUUCAAACACUGACAAACAAAAAUACUGUUACUGGCAACUAAGCAGGUUUUCGCACCGACAUUUGCUAAUAACACCUUUUGCAGUUCACUGCACAGAAUACUAUAUAGCAGACAUGUUCAUAUACACUCAAUUGUUUACCUGUAUGUAAAAGUUUCAUCUGUGUGUCUGGAAAUGAUAUAUUUCCUAACAUGAAAGUUGCUUUUUUCGCUGUUCAGGUGUUAAAGCUGGACUUAUGCUAACCACGCAUAAGUUGUGUAAACUCUGCCAGCCUUGCGUGUUUGUCUUUAUUGUAUAUAUCUGCUCAAGUAUUGAUUUCAGUCUGUUGUGAAACAGUCGUCAAUUAUGACAGACAGUCGGUUUCUGCAUUUUGCAAUGAAUGAAUAUGAAUUACUAUUGUGUUUCAGCAUUAACUUUCCUGGUUUAUCCCCCCAUGUCUGGUUGAGAAGCUCUUUAAGGUCUGAAAAAAUUGAAAAAUGUUGUUUGUAGCUGUUUCAACACUUUGUCAUCUUUAGGAAAGAAAUGUCAUUUUUUUUAUUUUGGUUGAUUUAGAAAAACCUUAAAAUGGGCAUUACAUCAUUUUGUGUACUGUAAAGUCCACUUUUUCUGUUUGUAUGCAUUUUCUCUUUCUAUAGAUAUUAUGCUCAAGGUUUUUUUUCAAAGACUUAAAUCAGUUGAGACUGGCUCAUACCCAGUAAUCUUUGUGUAUAUCUCAUGCAUUUUCCUUAAGUUCUCCAGAAAUGACACUGAAUGAGUGUGCCUUUGCCACAAUAGUAUGUAGUCUGUACAUAGUAUAUAAGAGAAUUAUACACAGGCAGAAAUCUGGGUUUCUGGACCACUCAGGGUUGUGAUCCUUUCUCAGCUGAACUUGUAAAUAUGUCUGAUAAAUCGAAAAUGCAUGCCUAUUUUCGGAAACUCAUGCCAUUUGUACUGUAGACUCUAUUUUGCUACCAAAUAUUUUUUCAGAAGUGGGCUGGGAUAGUAAACGCUCUUACCUCCAUGUUUGUAACCGCUGAACGGACGCAGUAACUGCUGAGAGGUUCUUGUAAGGUUAUUCCUUUAUUUUUGUACAUCGGAUUCUUAAGACAUCGGGAAGAGCUUUAAGAAGGGAAACGUUUGGCUACAAUGGGCUUUGUGAAAUUCGAUCUUGUACAGUACUUUAGUUAGUUUUGUUUGAUGCGUUUGCAACGAGGUUUAAGCUCUUUGCAUGCCUUUUUGAAAUCUAGAUGUUCGGAUGUGUUAUAAAGGAAUCAUGAAGUGUGCAUACUUAACAGACACUAGAAACGAUGUAGGACAUCUGUUUGCAUACAUGUCUAACGUGUUGUGUGAUUUAGAUAUUCAGACUUUAAUAAAGUCAGUGUUUAUGACUAGGAUUCCUCAAACUUUAUAGCAUCUUCGUGUCAUCUGGCAAAGACAAAAUAUGAGGUACUGAUAUUAUUCAGGAAAUGAUGUCCAAUUAAGCAAACAUUGAACUGUUUUCUUUAAGAGGAAAAUCUAAAUUCACUUUCUCAACAAAUUGUUGAAUAUAUUUUAAGUAAUGUGCAUUUAUUGUGCUUGUGUUAACCUCUCACAUACAGUGACUUUGUGGCUUAGUGGUGAUUGUUGUGCUUUACAUUUGUUAGAUUUCUUCUUUGUCCAAGUAUAUAAUCUUUAUUAUUUCUCUCCAUCCUUAAAGUUUGCCAGGAGAAAAAAAUCAUUGUUUUGUUGAAUUUGUAAUAAAUAUAUACAUGGAAAAAC